AUGACUUCCACAUCGAACGGCCAUGCGCCCAGAUCCGAAUUGUCCGUUCAACGCCGUACGGAACACCACGAGGCUGAUGUCGUGAUCGUAGGCGCAGGCAUCCUGGGCUGCGCACUCGCCGUUGCGCUGGGACGGCAGGGUCGCAGUGUGUUUUUGCUGGAACAGUCCAUGAAAGAGCCCGAUCGCAUCGUCGGCGAAUUGCUACAACCGGGAGGAGUGAAAGCGUUGGAACAACUGGGCCUGCGGGAUUGUCUCGAGGGAAUCGAUGCCAUCGAUGUCGACAGUUACUACGUCUCAUACUUUGGCGAGCCCGUCAAAUUGUACUAUCCCAAGGAGACGCCCUCGUCACCGCGGCCGAUAGGAAAGUCAUUCCACCACGGUCGCUUUGUCAGGAAACUGCGUGAGGCCGCCCUGGCAUGCCCGAAUGUCAAGGUGGUCGAGACCAAGGCCACUGGUUUGGUGACUUCCUCUCAGGGACAGGUGCUGGGUGUCGAGUGUCUCACGGGGGACGCCAAGGACUGCUACUUUGGUCAGUUGAACGUCGUCGCGGACGGUUACGCUUCGAAAUUCCGCAAGAUCCACCACCCACACUCACCCCGAGCUCGAUCCAAGUUCUGGGGUCUCGAGUUGAUCGACGCCGACCUGCCCUCCCCCAACUCCGGCCACGUUCUCCUGAGCGAUAAACCUCCUGUGCUCAUCUACCAGAUCGGUACCCACGAGACCCGAAUUCUCAUCGACAUUCCCGAAAACCUUCCCUCCGCCUCGGUCAAGAACGGCGGUGUGAAGAGCCAUCUUCGAAAUGUCGUUCUACCCUCUCUGCCUGCAAGCGUGCGGCCAUCCUUUGAGGCUGCACUCGAUCAGGGUCACCUUCGUUCCAUGCCCAACUCCUUCUUGCCCGCCUCUACGAACAAGACACCGGGGCUGUUGAUUGUCGGCGAUGCGCUCAACAUGCGACACCCGUUGACGGGUGGUGGAAUGACCGUGGCUCUGAACGAUGUCUGCUGUAUCCGCGAAUUGUUGAGUCCUGAGGCUGUGCCCAACUUGGGUGACACAUCAUUGGUGCUCAAGCAAUUAUCUCGCUUCCACUGGAUGCGCAAGAAUUCCUCUUCUGUCAUCAACAUCCUUGCCCAGGCUCUGUAUCAGCUCUUCGCUGCUAAUGACUCCAACCUCCUUGCUCUCCAACGAGGCUGCUUCCGCUAUUUCCAGCUCGGUCAUGUCGACGGACCGGUGGGUCUCCUCGGAGGUCUCAUCAAGCAGCCUUUUGUUCUGUUCCGCCACUUCUUCACCGUGGCAUUCCUCUCCAUCUGGGUGCUCUUCCGGGAAACGCCAUUCACCAAGAUGAUCCUCUUUCCCGUACAGUCUCUCAUGGUGUUCUGGACCGCCUGUGUGGUCAUUUUCCCGUACAUCUUCGCCGAGAUUCGAACAUGA